AUGGACACUCUCUCCUCGAGCAAGACUUGGAUCGGUGUCGUGGUGGCCAUAGCGGGCAACGUCACCAUCAGUCUCGCGCUCAACUGUCAGAAGCUGGCCCACACUCGGCUCCAGAGGGGACAGAAUGGACAGCAAGAUGGGCAUAGUGACGAUUCAGAAGAUGGAUCUCCGAAUAGACGACCAUCCUCGGGCCAAAGGCGUUCCGAUCGCAGCGAAUCUUCCGGGCAGAACGGCCAUGCGAAUUCACACAGCGAAGACGGCCACAACGGGCACGGAAAGAGUGAUGACAGCAGCAGCGGUACCGGCAUGGACACCAUGUUCCUGCACAGCAAGCUCUGGUGGCUCGGACUCGCGCUCAUGACGAUCGGCGAAGGCGGCAACUUCAUCUCAUACGGCUUUGCGCCCGCCUCGCUCGUCGCACCCCUCGGCGCCGUCGCUCUGCUUUCCAACGUCAUCAUCUCGCCCAUCCUCCUCGGCGAGCGCUUCAAGAUCUCGGACAUUGGCGGCAUCCUUCUCGCCAUCAUCGGCGCCGUCACUGUCGUCUUCAGCUCCAAGCAGAACGACGUCCGUCUCGACCCGAGUGAGCUGCUUCAGGCCAUCAAGCGGCUAGAAUUUGUCAUCUACUCUGCCAUCUCCAUCGGUGUCGGCGCGUUGCUCGCGUUUACAAGCGCUACAUCCUUGGGAGACCGCUGGGUACUGAUCGACGUCGGCAUCUGCGCCAUCUUCGGUGGCUUCACAGUGUUGAGCACCAAGGGCAUCUCGUCGCUCAUCUCGGGCGGUCAGCCUAUUGAGGCGCUCAAGUUUUCCAUCACCUAUGUGCUCGUUGUGGUGCUCGCGGUCACAGCCGUCGUACAAAUUACCUAUCUCAACAGGGCGCUGCAGAGAUUCGACAGCAGAGAGGUCAUCCCGACGCAGUUCGUGUUCUUCACCAUCUCGGCGAUCGUCGGCAGCGCCAUCCUCUACCGGGAUUUCGAGAACAUGGACGCACAUCGGCUGAUCAACUUUUUGUUUGGAUGUCUGACAACGUUCGGUGGGGUGUUCGUGCUCACAUGGCGGCAUGGGGAGGCGAACGGGAAGCAGACGGAUGAGGAGUCUGGCGAGGAUUCGGCCGACGAAUCGGUCGAGGAAGACGAGGAGCCGCACGGCGAGGAUCCCGCGCUGAACGAGCGAUCGCUUCUCCUCUCUCAUCCCUCAAGCACCUCUACACGCGGCCGCAUCUCCUCCCUCGCGAGCACCGCAAGCCGCACCAAACCGCGCCAACGCAUCGACUUCAUCGACGCAGCAGCUGGACCAAGCAACGCCCUCCGCGUCCCAAGCUCCUCUUCCGGCACCAAGCUCAGACGUCCACGCUCUCGUACCAGUUCGCCACACAAGAUGUCCACCUCGUUCGACCGCACCUCGGCCUACUCACGCUCGGCCUCUAACCAGCCUGCUGGUGUUCUUUCAUCGUCAUCUUCAGCGGGUCUGCGCACGCCCAAACUCGGUCUGAUGAGUAUCGAUAGACCGACGGGGCUAAGCUCGGGACACUACUUGCUGCUCGCUACGCCGCCGCCAAGUUUCACGUUACAGCCCGUCGCGCCUGCUGGGCCAGCGGGUAGGAGCGGACUGGCGAGAGGGUAUGGUGCUGCCGGAAGGAGCAACCCAGCAGGACUGCUACCGCUACCUGUAACGACGCCCGGUUCCGAGGCAUCAACGGGGCAGGAGGAGACAGAGGCUCCCACGUCACAGCCGACUGCGGCCGAAACCAUUGCUGCCCCGGUGGUGGAGACGGCAGGGACGAUAGAAGAGGACUUGGAAGGUAGAUUGCUGGAUCAUGUGACUGCGGGUCGGUCGGACGCCUCGGGUUCGAGAUAG